CCAAUAUAAAAACAAAACAACAUUUUCCUCUUUCGUGGACUUGUUCAGGACUGGUUACAGUUUCAUCUUUAUUCUGUGGGGAGUUCAAACCAGGACACGACGCCAUGUUUCCUUUUUCAUGGUUUUCAGCGUCUACUUGGACCCUGAUCGCUCUGUUUUUGACUCUGCUGUUGCUGUAUGGGAUUUGGCCAUAUAGAUAUUUGAAAAACCUGGGCAUUUCUGGACCAACACCCUUUCCUUUCGUAGGAACAAUGUUCUAUUUUAACAAGGGCAUUUUCCCUUUUGACAAACAGUGCCACCAGAAGUAUGGAGAUAUCUGGGGGCUGUACGAUGGCCGUCAGCCGGUUAUAAUGGUGGCAGAUCCUGAAAUGAUUAAGACUGUGAUGGUGAAGGAGUGUUACUCUGUGUUUACCAAUCGAAGAGAAAAUGACCUUUCAGGCCCAAUGAGUGACGCCAUUACAACAGUAAAAGACGACAAGUGGAGGAGAAUCCGUAACACGCUGUCUCCGUGCUUCACCAGCGGGAGACUGAAGCAGGUGUUCCCCGUAAUCAGUCGCUAUGCAGAGCGACUUGUACAGACACUGGAGAAAACUAACCUGGAGGAACCUGUUGAUAUUAAAACAUUUGUGGGCCCCUACAGUCUCGACGCCGUGGCCAGUGCCUCCUUCAGUGUGGACACAGAUGCCAUAACCACUCCAGAUGGGCCGGUUAUCACUCAUUUGAAGAAGAUAAUGAACUUCUCAUUUUUGCCCUUACUUAUAUUACUGAUGUUUCCCUUUGGUAGUCGGAUCAUGAAUGCUUUGGGUCUAUCGAUGUUCCCCAAAGACAGUGUGGACUUUUUCUAUGACAUCAUUAAAAAAUUCAAAGAUCAGCACGAUUCAGUCAAAACUGUAAAUAAGCAGCAAAUACACAAUCAUGUUUACAACGUGACCCCCAUAUUGAAUGUGUUUGUAUUUGUACAGAGCCGAGGGGACUUCCUGCAGGUCAUGAUUCAGAGUGAAAUUCCUGAAGUACCAAAAGAACAUGAACAGCCCAGUAAAGGUCUGACCGAGCAUGAAAUCCUUUCCCAAGCCUUUAUUUUUAUCUUUGGGGGCUAUGAGACGACCAGCACCACUAUCUCCUACCUCCUGUACCAUCUGGCAGUCAACCCUGAAGCUUUACAGAAGUUACAUCAUGAGAUCGACACCCGUUUACCUAAAGAUGCUCCAGUGUCAUAUGAUGAUCUGGCCAGCCUGCAGUAUUUGGAUCAAGUUCUCAAUGAGUCUCAGCGUCUGACCCCGACUGCCCCACGUCUUGAGAGAGCGUGUAAGAAGACGGUACAAAUCCACGGCAUCACUGUUCCAGAGGGGACGAUAAUCGGAAUCCCUAUUGCCCUUUUGCACAAGGAUCCACGUUUCUGGGACCAGCCCGAGAGCUUCAAACCGGAAAGAUUUAAUGAAGAAACUGAGAUCAACCCCUAUGUGUUCAUGCCGUUUGGACAAGGCCCUCGCAACUGCAUUGGGAUGCGCUACGCCAUCCUAACUAUGAAGAUGGUCGUGGUGCGUCUCCUUCAGAGCUACACUUUGGAGACAUGUAAAGAAACUAUGAUUCCGCUGGUGAUAAACUGGAGGUCCCAACCCACGAAGCCUAUCAAACUCAAAAUUAUUCCAAGGACCCCUGCAUGAAAUCGGGAUCUUCUUUUUAAAGGACAUUAUGUUGAUCAGAGUGUUUCUUUUCCAGGUAUAUGUUUUAUAUAUGAUCGUAUUGUAUCCAAAAGGCAGCCUGUUGUUUUGUCCUACGCCUCACGACUCCACUGCACUUUUAUACUCCAGUCAAUAGACGCUUUGAAUGUAUUUUCCAAUGAAUUACUUCAGUUAAUUUCCAAUAAAAUAUGGUACGUUAAAACAAA